ACCCAACACGUGUGCGCGCAUGAACUGUUUUGGUGUAUGCAUGCCUUCAAACUUAAUUAAGUAUCCUGCCUCCAUGGACUGGGUGAAAAGUGCUCGGAUCGUGCAACUCCAUAAACAGCUCUGAACGCCCAUUGGACACGGGCUGCCUUUUGGGAGGAGCACUCACACAGCCAAAAAGCCAGAAUUAUGUUUUCGGUCCAAAAGGUUUCUCUGAAGUGACGGAAAGUGCGGGAAGUUCAUAAAUGUGUCUCUUUUCAAUGACUGAUACACGUUUCAGGUUUUUUGAACGCAACGCAAAACCAACAAUCCCGCGCAGAUUAUCUCUCGACUACAAGUUUCUAGAAACAGCACAUCCGAACAGCUGAAGAAAAAGCGGACACUGUGAACCUUUGGAUGAUUUGAGUAAAACUAGAACGCGAUACGGAGAAGAGCUGGAAGAACUUUGGCCAAGUCCGCGCGCGCUAGUACCGUGAAGUGAGGGGCACAAUGCACGCUCGCUACCCCGCGUCCAGCCCCAGUUCUCUGGGCGUUGUUCCCUACAUCGCGGGCGAGCAGGGGUACUACCGGGCUGCCAACGGCACUGGCUAUACCGGCAUCCCAGCGCCAAUGAGCAUGUACUCUCACGCAGCGCACGAACAGUAUCCCGGAGGCAUGGCUCGCGCCUAUGGCCCCUACGCGGCCACUCAACAACCCAAGGAAAUGGUCAAGCCUCCAUACAGCUACAUCGCACUGAUAACGAUGGCCAUCCAAAAUUCUGCGGAUAAAAGGGUCACACUGAACGGGAUCUACCAAUUCAUCAUGGACCGCUUCCCGUUUUAUCGGGAGAACAAGCAAGGCUGGCAGAACAGCAUUCGCCACAAUCUGUCGCUCAACGAGUGUUUCGUCAAGGUGCCGCGCGAUGACAAGAAGCCGGGGAAAGGCAGCUACUGGACUCUCGACCCAGACUCUUACAACAUGUUCGAAAACGGCAGCUUCCUCCGCCGGCGGCGCCGCUUCAAGAAGAAGGACGCACUGAAGGAGAGAGAGGAGCGCGAUGUAUCAGGCAAGGAGGCCCGGGCCCAGGCUCGCGAAUCUCAACAGCCAGUCAAACUCCGGGACAUAAAGACGGAGAACGGAGCUUGCACGCCCCCGCGCUCUGGCACCCCAGCCCUCGGUUCCGUGACAAAAACCGAAAGCCCGGACAGUGGCUGUGUGGUCGCGUGCGACGGGAGCCCACAGACGCAAACGACACAACAGGCCUUUAGCAUGGAUAACAUAAUCGCAGGUCUACGUGGGUCACCGCCGCAGUCUGCCGAGUUGCCCGCCUCGCGCGCUGCUUUGCCGAGCUCGGUGCCUCUUGCUUAUUCGCCCCCCACGCAGCCGGCGCACUACAGUCCUCCCUGCGGCCAGCCGGCCGUCUACCAGUGCGACAUGUAUGCUGGUGACCGCGGGCACGGCAACGAAGCCUUACCGGAUUACACGAGCGCAACAAGCGCAGCCGUGUCCUCUCACGCGAGCCUGAGCUCGAGCCAAGAUAACCAGCACGUGCAACAGAGUCGGCUCGCACCGUGGUACCUCAAUCAGAGCGCAGAAGUGGCGCAACUAGGCGCGAGCUAUGGAACACAACAACCAAGCUUUCACGCAGCCUUCGAGGCACAGCGGCUCGCGCUCAACUCCUCACCGGCGGCCGGAAGCGACGGAGGCUGUCAGACACCUUUCUCUGUCAGUCAGCCACUGUAUCGGGCCUCGGGAACUUUUGUCUACGACUGUAGCAAGUUCUGACCAAAUAUCACACGAGCCAAAAUGCACACUUAAUUUGGCCCACAGACUUGCAUUUCAAUCCCAGUUUAAAUAAUUUAAUGCAAAGCCUUGAGCCAAAGAGCGGUGAGUACAAGAGGCUGAAGCAACUCCGGACUGAAAGGCCUGAAAAGGCGUGUAAGAUUUCGUUUUUCCGGACUCGCCUCAAUAGGACUUUAUAUCACUAGAUUAAUUUAUUUCAUUAAGAAUUAGAUGGACCAACUUUCAACCAAAUGUUAAUCUUAUUUAUAUGAUACAAAACCGAACCUAACUGUGUACAAAAUUUGCGAUUUUUAAAAAUACUCGAAAUAUAUUAUUUGUUAAAUAAAUUCCUUUCCUGGCUAA